GCGCUGGAACUCCGUGUGUAAUUCUAUCCCGGAGAGAAGGGUGAGUCCCUCACACAAGCCCAUGGACUCCAGAGCGCAGCAGUAUUGGACUGUGCCAGGACCUUUCCAGUAGUUUCCGACAGUGACAGUGGAAGACGUACACACAGCAUUGCAACACAACUGAGAAUUUUUUUCUUAUUUUUCCUCUUCACAAGAGAAGUAAAGAUAACAACGCUUUACAAAGAGAGGUCAUGGAGGACCCAGAUUACACGUAUGACUAUGACUUUGACAAUUACACCUACAAUGACUCCUACUAUGACUACCACACGGUGUGCGACAAGGCAGAGGUCCGCUCCUUCGCCAAGGUGUUCCUCCCCGCCAUCUACACCCUGGCGCUGGUGGUGGGCCUGGCGGGAAACUCCCUGGUGGUGGCCGUCUACGUUUAUUACAAGCGCCUGAAGACCAUGACGGACGUCUACAUCCUCAAUCUGGCCGUGGCCGACCUGCUGCUGCUGCUGACGCUUCCUUUCUGGGCAGCGGACGCCGUCAACGGCUGGGAGUUCGGCGUGGCCAUGUGCAAGAUGACCUCCGCCCUCUACAUCAUGAACUUUGGCUGCGGCAUGUUGUUCCUGGCCUGCAUCAGCGUGGACCGCUACCUGGCCGUGUCCAACGGAGCCGUGGCCAGGGCCGUCGGGCGGAAGCACUGCCUGCUGGUGUGCGUCCUGGUCUGGGUGGUGGCCUUCGUUCUGGGCCUACCGGACAUGGUCUUCACCACCGUCAAGCAUGGCGUGGUCCGGAAGUCCUGCCUCCCUAUAUACCCCAGCAGCAUGGCCCGCCAGACGAAGGCCACGCUGGAGAUCCUGGAGGUGGUGCUGAGCUUCCUGCUGCCCUUCCUGGUCAUGCUCUUCUGCUACUCCAGGGUGGCUCGGGCCCUCCAGAACAUUCCGGACGUGACGCAAGGGAAGAAGUGGAGGGCCUUCAAGGUCCUGCUGGCAGUGGUGGGGGUCUUCAUCGCCACCCAGCUGCCCUACAACAUCGUCAAGUUCUGCAGGGCCAUGGACAUCAUCUACACCCUGGUGACGCACUGCGAGGUCAGCAAGAGCCUGGACAUAGCCAUGCAGAUCACGGAGAGCCUGGCCCUCAGCCACAGCUGCGUCAACCCCAUCCUGUACGCCUUCAUCGGAACCUCGUUCCGCCAGCACGUCCUCAAGGUCAUGAAGAGCCUGGGCCAAAGGCGGAGGCGCUUCCGCCACAGGAACGAGCCCACGGUGGAGAUCUCCCUCAACUCCCACUCCGCUUCUGUCGACACCACCACCUUCACCAUAUGAGGGCCGGGGGUUUAGGAGCCGCACUACUGCCACAGGCGACCGCACGCACUGGGGACUGCUGGGACGAAGCACCUCAUGUAGAUACACUAAACCAAAAUGGCUUCUUCAAGAUAUACACAGACCGUGGUUCACAUAGUGCACUGACUGUAUAGCACUGUACAGAUUAGCCACCUAAUGUGACACCUGUAUAUUUAUGUAUUUGUAUAGUUUCAAAAAAUAUGUACUAGAAUGUAAAAAUGCCACCUAUUAUAAUGAUAAUAAAAAUAUUUAAAGACA